GAACCCCCCUUAAAAUGUAGGAAAAUGUCGAAAUUUGUGUUGCCGGUUUCCUCCUCGCACGUGCAUCAGAAAUCGAUCGUAUCUGCAAUCCAGCCAUAAGUAAUCCGGUUGGCAAUUAAAUUCGCAACGAGUCUUUCUAAAGGUGUUGUGGGGAAAUUUUAGGUUUAAAUUAUACAUCGUGACCGUGAUCAAAUCGUUGAAGUAAGAAUAACGACUUUUGUUUUUGGCCAAAAAACAAACAACGCAACGGUAGAAAAUGCCAGAUAAUGGUUUUACGCAGAUAAUCACGAGCGGGUGUCUUUACACCGAUACGAAUGAUGUGCGCAGAUCACAGCGUCGCUCCUAUCAGCUAAACGAAGAUUCAUCUGUUUGUGACGAACCAAAGGAAUUCCCGCAGUAUGAAACUUCCUCCGGUAGCGACGAUGUGCGUCGAAUGUUGACCGAACGUAGUGGCGCUUCAAAGCGGUCGAUUGAUCGCGAACGGGAAACGGAUCGAUACAGUGAAGAGCACCGCGAAGGGGACCGCUGGUACACGGAGCAACCGUACAAUUACGAGUCGUUCGAGGGUAGCGGUUACACUUACUGGCGCAAUCAGGGUAGACCUGCUGUACGGUUAAAGUUGGCACACCAGGAACCGAUCUCCAUUCGACCGAGGAACAAAAACCCACAAAUUGUGAACGUUUGCCAAACGUUUCGCUUUCCGGACAAUUUUAUCACGCAAAACAAUGCCACGCGGAUGGUCCAGCAGCAGGAUCGGUUGAUACAUCAGCCAUUUCCCAUACCCGCUGUACGUAGGCCUUCCAUGCUAUCGCCGUACCGUAGUGGCAGUCGAUCACGCGUUGGUGGGUUUUUUAGCGUACACAGACGGCAUCGUAACAUGCACAGCCAGACAAGCCGAACGUUGAUAGAGUUGGUUGAAGCGGAACAGAAGAUGCAGCAACAGCAAGCGAACAGCAGACCAGCAGCUGGGCCACGCACCACGACAAACUUUGGCGCUUCUUCGUACCGGAAGCCAGAGGGCUCACUGCUAGCUUCCAGCGACAGUGAAUCAUCCAUCGGUGAGCCGGUCGAUGUCCGGUCGCGAAUGCCACCAGUGGACCGAAAGGCUAAAGUUUUGUCGAUGGCUCGUGAGCAGCUGCGCGCUGGCAACGGUCGUGCAUCGCAGGUGCCGUACUUUGAUCGCACCAAGCGAAAUCAUUCCUGUACAAAGCUCGUUGACGGCGGUGCUACGAUGGGAGGUCAUUAUGGUAGAAGCACUAAGGUGGCGGCAGCAGGAACGAUCGGAAAAUCGUCCAAGUUUACGGCAAAGUCGAAAGCAGAUAAUCGGCCAAGGAUGCACGCGCAGGAUGUGCACGAGUUCGUGGAUGAUCCGUUUGUCUCGAACCCGGGCCGUACUCGAAAGCUUCAUCUGGCCGAAGAUUCUAUCGACGAUGAAGAAGGGUUGGACGAGGAAGAGGACGCAUCCGAUGACGAUUCGAUCGAUGAGCAGCUGGACAACGAACGGGACGAAUGCAAUGGGCCGAUCGAUUUGGACUGUGAAGGUGCCGAAGAUCAUACUGAGGAACUGAUCGGUGAUGCGUUCGGGCGACGGCAUGCACACGGUGCGGAAGUCGUUUGCGUUGCUGCGGGUGCAAAAGAAAGCCCGGCAAGCAUUGCCGCCAUUGUGGAUAAGUUGCAGGACAAUGUGUGGGAAGUGUGUCUGGAGGGUAUCUGGGAUUUGAUGGAUACGGCGAGCAGGAUUGAUUGGAAGAUGCAGGAAAAGUACAUCACCGUCAUAAACCGGAAGCUGAUCGAGUUCCUGAAAUCGCCUCGGACAGCUCUGUGCCGGUCGGCUUGCCAGGUGUCGGGCGAGCUGUUUCGCCAGGCCAAAUCCACCAAACGGCCAGAGUUUGACGAGAUGGUCGACAUAUUGCUGUGUAAGACGGCUGAUCCGAAUCGCUUCAUUCAGAAGGAUGCGAACGUGGCGUUGGACAAAUUGGUCACCUACAUUCCAACGCCCCACACCGUACGAGCGAUAUCGAAUCGUGGAACCAUCCACCGUAAUCCGUUGGUGCGUACCGCUACGGCAAGAUUGCUCGUGUGCAUUUGUGUCGUUUCCGGGCUCGAUGCGAUCCUGGGAACCACGGCCAACACGCGGACACGCAAAACCAUCCUGUCAAUGUUGGCAAAGUUUUUGACGGACAAAAAUCUCGAAACAAGAAAAUUUGGCGAACGGUUGUACCGUAUGUUGCGCAAGCAUAAAUUUUUCGAUGAAUACUUCUACAAGGACAUGGAUAACAAUUUGCGCACAAAUCUAAAACGGGUGCUGAAAGGAGUCUAGCUUAUUUGUCCGACGUUUUUUGGUCAAACUGGAGCAUAAUCACAAUGUAUGUAGCAGAAGCGGCGAGUGUCUGGAAAGUGGAAGACAAUAACAAGGACAUUACAGCGCGAAGAACGAGCACAAGGACAUCGAAUCGGAUUCGAACUUACCGAACCGAAUAAACCGUAAUUAAUCGCAUAUAGUCCAUUGGCUGUAAAUUCAAAUGGUUGCAACUUGGUGCGAACGAUAAAAUUGUUAAUCUGAUCCCACAAUGAUGCGUUGUAGAAAGGUUUAAGUAAAAUGCGCUUGAUUUCAUUUACCUGUUGAUAAAACAAAAAAACAAUAUAUGUAUUUUUGUACAA